UUCACCGAGGCUACUUUUAUACUUCUUACAUUAGCGCCAUUGUAAGACCCCUGCUGACACCCACACUGCGUGAUUACAUUGCAGGGAAAAAAUGGGAACUGUCGAUUUCAGCACUGACAGUGCCAAUAUGAUCGGCACGAGCAGUAUGGAUACCGAUACCUUAAGCACUCUAGAUACGGAAGAGCAAACGAGCUCCCAAGGCGUAGUGAUACCAGCUGAUGACGAAACAGUGUCUAGGAAUCCGUGGAAAUGGCCAAUAAUCAUAGCUGGAGCAGUGGUUCUUCUCUUUGUAGUUGGAGCUGUUUUUUUCACAAUCAGACACAGGCCAGUCAUCAGAUUCACCUGCGUUAGCGCCCAGUGUAACGAAUCCGCCAUUCUCGUUCAGAGCAGCGUGGAUAGCAGCCAGGAUCCAUGCCAGAACUUCUUUGACUACGCAUGCGGAGGAUGGAACAAGCGACAAGUAAUUCCCGGCGACAAGCUGCGUGUCAGCAUUCUCUCCCAGCUCCAUGAUGACUUGCAAGAAAAGCUCAGAGGACUGAUUGAGCGAGAUCCACAACUAAACGAGCCAGCAUCAUUCUCUCAAGUCCGGAAGUACUACAAUGCAUGCCUUGACCAAGAUACCAUUAACAGUCUGGGAGCCACCCCGCUGAUCAACGUUCUGGACUCCGUCCAUGGAUGGCCUGUCCUCGGAUCAAAGCCCGGCGGUAACUGGCUCGAAAGCUCCUACCACUUUGAGAGAUUGUGGGCAACUCUUAGUUCCCAGUUUGGCAUAAAUGCGAUCAUAUCAACUGGAGUCCACACAAAUAUUCGUAACAGCAGAGAACAUAUUCUCAAGAUUAAAUUUCCGGCAUUCACUGCGCCCUCUGAAUUUCUUUCAAACAAGCGGAAGCUAUCGUCCACUUUGAUUCCGGAGAACCUUUCUAACGACUUUGGCCGACACCUGCUCUUGCUCAGCGAAUUUGAAAGUCAAAGAGCAGCCUACCUCCGGUAUAUGGUUGACAUUGCCGUGGCUCUGGGCGGAGAUCAAACGGAGGCAAGGAAAGAUAUGAGCGAUGUGCUUGAGUUCGAGAAGACAUUAGCGCGGCACGCUGACUACUCCACUACCAGAGACGUACCUGAGAUAACAACCCUGGAGGAGCUUCAGUUAUAUUACACAAAGAUCAACUGGGCAAACCUCUACCAUCAUCUCAUUCCAUCAAGCGUGCAGCCACCCGUUUUGGGAAAUGAACCCAUCGUCGUCGUUGACCCAUCCUAUCUUUACCUUGUCAACACAAUGUUGGGGUCGGAGAGUCACAGGGUGGUGGCAAACUAUAUGAUCUGGCGACUUGUGAGCGUAAUGGUGCCCUCUCUUGGAGACCGGUAUACCAGAAUCUAUCAGAAGUAUUUACAUGCUACGUUUGGGCUCUCGGAGGCUCGUGCACGUUGGAUGCACUGCACUGAUGAAACCAAUCUCGUACUACCAUUUGCUACUGGAAGGAUGUACGUGGACGAAUACUUCACACUAGACACCAAGAGAGAGAUAGAGCAAAUAAUUAGUAACAUUAGGAGAGCCCUGAGGGCCAUGCAGGAGCGGGUCAGUUGGUUGUCUUACAGUGACAGGGCGAAGACCCAGAAAAAGCUUGAUGCUAUGAAGGUCAACGUGGGCUACCCAGAUUGGUUGAAGGUUAACGCUACGCUCGAUGCCAAAUCUGCCGAUCUAGUUGUCACAAGCAACACGUACUUCAUCAAUUUUCUAAACUAUCUCAGGAGGGAAGCGCAGAGGAAACUUGGCAGCCUGCGACUCCCUGUCGAUAAAUCCUUGUGGAUUUACACUGCACCAGCUGAUACAAACGCCUUCUACAGUUUUUUGGACAACGGAAUAGUUAUCCCGGCUGGUAUCCUCCAACCACCCGUCUACCAUCCGGACCUGCCGUGGUACUCAAAUUAUGCAGGCGUUGGAGCGAUUAUCGGGCACGAAAUAACACAUGGUUUCGACAGCAAAGGGAGACUUUUUGACAAAGACGGAAACUUCAAAGUCUGGUGGAGCUACAUGUCUGUCUUAGAUUACGUAAAGGCAGCCAAUUGUUUGGUGGACCAGUACUCCGACUACGUCAUUCCCGAGAACGGCAAAAAUUUAAACGGGAAGCGGACUGAGGCAGAAAACACUGCUGAUAAUGGCGGGCUGAGAGAGGCGUACAAGGCUUACGAAGAUAACGCACCUUAUGUACGGAAACAGCUUCCUGGACUACAGAAUCUCACUGAUGAACAAAUGUUCUUCUUAUCCUAUGCACAGGUGUGGUGCGGUGUAACGACGCGUGCAGGGGCAGACCAACAGGUUAAACUCGGGGUGCACAGUCCUAAUCGCUUCAGAGUCAUUGGUCCUUUGCAAAACAACGAAGACUUCACAAGUGCGUUCAACUGUCCACUUGGGAGCUAUAUGAGAAGAAGUCCUAGAUGCAAAGUGUGGUACUAAAUGUAAGCUCUGUACAUGGUUUGUUGGGACGCUAUAUAUUCAUAUUACUGUAGCUCACAAUGAAUAGGCACAUUUUGUCACAGUCUUACAAAGAUAUAGACGUCUCACCGGAGAGUAAAAACCGAGGUUUUGAGACGAUCGCAUUUAAGUCAAUUAAAGUCAAUUAAAAUCUGUUCAUAAAAAACUAUAAAAUUUGUGUGACAAGUACACGCUUUUGACAUGGCGCGUGUGAGGUGCGAAAGUUGUUGUAUGUUUAUACAUUUCCGGAGUCAAAGUGAUUCUCGAAAACUGCAAAACGAGCCUGGUUGAUUUUUCCCAAAAAAAAACAUAAAUUUGAACAAAAAAAAUCAUGAGGGGCCAAUUUGCCUCUUCAUGAAAACGGUGACGAUUUAUGCAACGUCAUGUUUUACAUUCAAAACUUGUGUAUUUGCUGUAAGGGCACGACAUGCACCAUUCGAUCAGGAGGCUGUUUGUAGACAUCGCCCACAAGUUGCGCGCAUGAAAUGAAAAUAUUUCUUUUAAAAAGCUAGUAAGUUUGUCUUUUAACUUCCUUUGGUUGUCCGAAACUCAUUUAAUGUUCGCAGAGUAUUAGUUGGUUUUUGUAAUAAAGGAAUAUUUUAUUCAGUUUUCAUGAUGUCUUCGUUACAAAUAUUGCAAAUGUUGUCAUUUAUCCACGUAUUUCUGAUUCCAACAUAGAAUAAACAAGUCAUGUUUUCACACAACUAUGCAUUACUCCUAAAGGCAUCAAGGAUGCAUAUAAAAAGAUAAGCAUGAUUUCGCAAUUUCCACUAAACAGAACUGCUAAUAGUGUUGGCAUGAUGUUUCAAAGGAGUCAGGAUGUAGAAACAUAUUUGCAAAGCUCGGAAUUCGCAUUUAUUUACCGAGAAACACCAUCAUUGUAAUUUCUUCACACACUGUUGUGUCGAGUCGAGCAGCAUGUUCAAACAGUCUUUUUCAGAUAUUUCCCAAAGUACUGCAAGUAUGGGUAGGAGACUUACAUCAAUGGAUAGAAAAACAUGUG